CCACAGUCUAUCUGCUCAGAUAGAGAGACUUCGGCCAGGCCAGGCAGGCCUUUUCAGACAGCUGUUGUUUGCUAGCUGAGGCGUGACAGAGCAGUAAACAGCACCCAGCCAGUCUGGUCUGCCUGCCUGUCACAGCGAUGGAAGAGAAGGAGGACGUUAUUUUAGGCACUCAGACACUGUCACCUGUCGUAGGACGAGUCUGGACACUGUCUCCCAGACAGCACACUUAGCCGCACCAGUAACACUUGCCACACCACAACAACACUCUCUGGAGACCUUACCACAGAACGGGAGAACCAGCGAUGUACACAAACGGACUCUGCAGUGUCUGAAUUAACGACUAAAGUGGCCUUUUACAGAGCUCUCUGGGCCUGAGAUGGGCCAGUACGACACCCAGGCUCUCUCAGAGGCCCUGAUGGGAUUCCUACAGGACCUGCCAUCCCCCGUCAUCCCAAAGUCUAUCUAUCCCAACCUGAAGACUACCCUGCAAGAGGAAGAAGGUUUGUCCAUCGGGGAGACAGGCAGGCGUUUGCUGAAGGCUCUGGAGCCCCCGGCUGUGCCCCUGCCGAGCCUGCAUUACCUGCUCAGACACCAGGACCGAGUGGGCCAGAGCUCAGCCCACAACGGCCUGGACCCCCACACCCUCGCAUUCCUCUACAGCCCUCUUCUGCUCACCACUGGGUCAGAAGAAGGUCAUCAGGUUCAGGUGCUGGAGAGGCUGCUGGUGGCGAGGGCCUGGGAGCUGGACCAGAUGUCAUCAGCCCUACCUUCCAAGCCUUCCAAAACCAAAGCCAUGGCAUCUUCUGUCGUCAAUGGGGAUGGCAGCAAGAUGGCUGAUGCAGAGUGGUACUGGGGAGACAUUUCCAGAGAUGAGGUGAAUGACAAGAUGAGAGACACACCAGAUGGCACUUUCUUGGUCCGAGAUGCCUCAAGCAAGGUGCAAGGAGAAUAUACAUUGACUCUCAGGAAAGGAGGAAACAACCAGCUGAUCAAGAUCUUCAACCAAGGAGGCAAGUACGGCUUCUCUGAGCCGCUGACCUUUGCUUCUGUGGUGGAACUCAUCCUGUAUUAUCACCACGAGUCGCUGGCCCAGUACAACCCCAAUCUGGACUCACGGCUACUGUACCCAAUCUCCAAAUAUCAGCAGGAUCAGGUGGUAAAAGGGGACAGCGUGGAAGCAGUAGGAGAGCAACUGAAGGUGUACCACGAACACUGCCAGGAGACGAGCCGGGAAUAUGAUGUCUUGUAUGAAGAGUAUACUCGCACCUCUCAGGAGUUACAGAUGAACCGCACGGCCAUCGAGGCCUUCAACGAGACCAUCAAGAUCUCCGAGGAGCAGUGCGAGACCCAAGAAGGCUAUAGCAAGGAGAACAUUGACCAGUUCCUCAGGGAGGGAAACAGCAAAGAUACUGAGAGUAUCCAAAGUAAUUGGGAUAAGCUGAAGUCGCGGGUGACUGAGAUCCAUGACAGGAAGAGGAAGUUAGGGCAGGACCUGAAAGAGCAUGCGAUGGACAACCGAGAGAUCGAUAAGAAGAUGAGUAGCCUGAAAACGGACCUUGUGCAGCUGAAAAAGAUUAGAGACCAGUACCUGGUGUGGCUCAAUCAGAAGGGCACCAGACAGAAGAAGAUUAACGAGUGGCUAGGGAUCAAAAAUGACAUGGAAGGUUCUUCCCCUCUACCUCCCAGCCUGUAUUCUCUGGUGGAUGAGGAGGACGACCUGCCGCACCUCGACGAGCGCACUUGGUACGUGGGCGACAUCACGCGCAUCCAAGCCGAGGAGUUGCUUAGAGGAAAGGGUGACGGCACUUUCCUGAUCCGAGACAGCCAGUCUCAGAAGGGCUCCUACGCCUGCUCUGUAGUGUGAGUCCCGUUAGCCUGACCUGGGGUCUGCAAAGCCUUGUUAACACUGGCAGUUUGAAGUGACUCAAAUAAAAUAAAAAAUGCAUAUAUUAGGGCUGGGAAUUUACGAUACAAUAUUAUCAUGAUAGUUAGGUGCUGAUACGAUAUGUAUUGCGAUUCUCACAAUUCUAUAUGUAUUGUGAUUCAAUACUGUGAUUUUAUUGCAAUUCAAUGUUACAAAAGAUU